CUUUGCUACCUCGGAACCCUAGCCGCCGCCCAUGGAUAUCGCCGGAGACCGGCGCCGGUAGCGAUACGCAAAAGGAGUGGUACGUUCUUUGACCUUGUUUAUUGCUGCGCCCGAGGCGUGUGGCGCGGGGGGAGCAGGAAGGAGAGGGGAAGAACAGAAGGGGAAGGCGGGCGGGGCCGCGAUGUCGGUGCGGAUCAAGGCGGUUGUAGACCGGUUCGUGAAGGAGCUGCAGGAGGCGCUGGACGCGGACAUCCAAGACCGCGUCAUGAAGGAGCGCGAGAUGCAGAGCUACAUCGAGGAGCGCGAGCGCGAGGUCGCCGAGCGGGAGGCCGCCUGGAAGGCCGAGCUAUCCCGUCGCGAGGCCGAGAUCGCACGGCAAGAAGCCAGGCUGAAGAUGGAAAAGGAGAAUUUAGAGAAGGAAAAAAGCGUCCUCAUGGGAACAGCAUCGAGCCAAGACAACCAAGAUGGAGCCCUUGAGAUCACUGUCAGUGGUGAGAAGUACAGGUGCCUCCGCUUCUCCAAGGCGAAGAAAUGAGAAAUGGACUGGCACUGAACUGGACCAACACAUGCUCUGUAGUCAGCUAAAUCUAGCCACCUAGUCUUGCAAGACCCUUAUUUUGAUUCAAAUUGCAUUCUCUUUUCUUGUACAGGAAAUCCUGGAAUGCCGUUAAUAGAAUAGCGGAUACUUAUGCCAGGACUGUCUUGUUUAUAAAAAAACCGGGCUGCUAGAGCAGCUGCAAUGGGGAGUUAAUGAUGACUGAAGGUUGUUGAC